AGGGCGGCCUGGAAGGCUCGGAUCACACGGCCGCGCGAGGGGGCGACCGGGCCGGGGCCGCUGCACGCCGAGGGCGAGGCCGAGCCGGGCCCCCGCCGCGCCCACCCGCUCCGCGCCGAGGGCCGGAGGAUGAGUUCCCCGGGGUCCGGGUUUAUGAAAAUAUGCAUCCGUUUAAUACUGUCUUGGAAUUCAUGAGAUGGAAGCAUAGGUCAAAACCGUUCAGAGAAAAUUGGAAGUGCAGUUCUGUCUGGGCACAUCUCUGAGCACAUCAGCAGAGAGUUGGAUCAGAAGCAGAGCAGCCUGGCUAGAACCAGUGCUGCAGUAUGGGAUGCUGGCAUCACAGGUGACGGGUUGACCAGCUACCCCUCAACACCAGCCCUUCAUGAUACAGUUCCCACAGUAUUCUGUGCUCAUCUCCUCCAGUUCAUCAUAUAGAUCACAGGAGAAAGCAGUGGGAGUUGGAGUUACUGUCAAGUGAUUGCGGCCUGUCCUGAGAACACUUCCCCGAGCUCAGCUGUUAACGGUGACAGAGCACAGGGGACGCCGACCUUGAACAAUGACUCAGCUCUGUGUGCACAUCAGGUUACUGGGAGCCUAUCUGUUCAUCAUUUCUCGUGUUCACGGACAGAAUCUAGACAGUAUGCUCCAUGGCACUGGGGUGAAAUCAGAGUCCGACCAGAAGAAGUCAGAAAAUGGAGCCACCUUAGCGCCAGAGGACACGCUGCCUUUUUUGAAGUGCUAUUGCUCAGGACACUGCCCUGAUGACGCUGUCAAUAACACAUGCAUAACUAAUGGACAUUGCUUUGCCAUCAUAGAAGAAGAUGACCAGGGAGAAACCACACUGGCGUCAGGGUGUAUGAAAUAUGAAGGGUCUGACUUUCAGUGCAAGGAUUCACCUAAAGCCCAGCUGCGCCGGACCAUAGAGUGCUGCCGCACCCACCUGUGUAACCAGUAUUUGCAGCCGACACUGCCCCCUGCUGUUGUAGGUCCUUUCUUCGAUGGCAGCGUCCGGUGGCUGGUUGUGCUUGUGUCCAUGGCCAUCUGCAUCGUUGCUAUGAUCAUCUUCUCCAGCUGCUUUUGUUACAAACAUUACUGCAAGAGCAUGUCCAGUCGACGUCGUUACAAUCGAGACUUGGAGCAGGAUGAGGCGUUUAUCCCCGUGGGAGAGUCGCUGAAAGACCUCAUCGACCAGUCGCAGAGCUCUGGGAGCGGAUCUGGCCUUCCUCUGCUGGUUCAGCGAACUAUCGCCAAACAGAUUCAGAUGGUGCGGCAAGUUGGAAAGGGCCGGUAUGGAGAAGUGUGGAUGGGUAAAUGGCGUGGAGAGAAAGUGGCAGUCAAGGUGUUUUUCACCACUGAAGAGGCCAGCUGGUUUCGAGAAACAGAAAUCUACCAAACAGUGCUGAUGCGACACGAGAACAUACUCGGUUUCAUAGCAGCGGACAUUAAAGGCACAGGCUCCUGGACUCAACUCUACCUGAUCACCGACUACCACGAGAACGGGUCCCUCUAUGACUUCCUGAAAUGUGCCACCCUGGACACCAGAGCUCUGCUCAAGUUGGCUUACUCGGCUGCCUGUGGUCUGUGCCACUUGCACACAGAAAUUUAUGGCACCCAAGGGAAGCCUGCCAUUGCCCAUCGAGACCUGAAGAGCAAAAACAUCCUCAUCAAGAAAAACGGGAGCUGUUGUAUUGCUGACCUGGGCCUUGCUGUUAAAUUCAACAGUGACACGAAUGAAGUGGAUGUGCCCCUGAACACCAGGGUGGGCACCAAGCGCUACAUGGCUCCCGAGGUGCUGGACGAGAGCCUGAACAAAAACCACUUCCAGCCCUACAUCAUGGCGGACAUCUACAGCUUCGGCCUCAUCAUCUGGGAGAUGGCCCGCCGCUGCGUCACGGGAGGGAUCGUGGAAGAGUACCAGCUGCCGUACUACAACAUGGUGCCCAGCGACCCGUCCUACGAGGACAUGCGCGAGGUCGUGUGCGUCAAGCGGCUGCGGCCGAUUGUGUCCAACCGCUGGAACAGCGACGAGUGCCUGCGGGCCGUGCUGAAGCUGAUGUCAGAGUGCUGGGCCCACAAUCCAGCCUCCAGACUCACGGCGCUGCGGAUCAAGAAGACGCUGGCCAAGAUGGUGGAGUCGCAGGAUGUAAAGAUCUGAGCUACGCGCUGCAGGCGCCGCCCCUGCCCCUGGGCUCGCCGGGGCCAGCAUGGGAGGAGGACUCGAACCUGGCUCGCGCCCGCCCUCACUGCACCUUCCCAGGCUGCUAGCGUCAGACCCUCCCGUAUCCUAGAAGCCGGGAACUCGUAGACACUUGGUUUCUAUACGAACAGCUGUGUUUUAAAUGUGGUAUUUGAUGCCUUUUUUUAUUGGGUUUCUAUGAACUGCAUAGACUUCAGUCCUGAUGAGUAGGGCUCCAGUCAGACUCUGGGUGCUGAGCUGCCUGGUCAGCAGGUGGUGCUUUCUGUGAAAGCCUCCGGAAGAUAGAGUUCAGCAGAGGUGGAGAAGCACACGCUUGCCUUCUACCCGAGGACGUUCCAUCUGUGCGCUCCGCUUGCCUUUGCAGAGUGGCCCCGAGGGGGCGCCUGGCCUGCCUCCGUCACCCGCCAGCCGCCCUCGGCUGCCCUGGGAGCUGGAAGACAAUGACGGACGAGUGCACAGGAAGGUGCUGGUGGCUGCUGGUUUGUGCUUUAAAAAUGCAAUUUCUGACCGAGAGUCCCCUUCUUUAAAAGCCUUGCGGGCUGGAGAGCUCCCCCACCCGUGUUUCUUCUUAAUGUCAAAGUCAGUGUCAAGGCCAAAAGAAGUCUAAAGUGCCCGUGAAUCUGGACUGUUUUCCUGCCACCACCCUUUUUUUUUGGGGGGGGGUAUUUUGUUGGGAAGAGCACCCUCCCCAGAGCUGGAGCCUCCAGUGCCAUAAGCUGCGUCACCUGGAAAGCACCUGCUGUGCGUUGGCCCGCAGUGCCAGUGCCGCUGACUGCCUUCUGUGUUCCUCGUUCUCAGUGACUUUUAAAAGGGAAGUUAUUUAUAUUUUGUGUAUAAUGUGCUUUACUUGCAAAACCCCUGCUCCCUGACAGCCUGCGGGGGUCACAUGUGUCCGUGUAUUAGCAGCCAGCUCACGGGGCCCUCAGCCCACCCCCCAGGGGAGACACUGGGGAGAGCGGGACUAUGGGGGAGUGUUCAGAAUGAUCGCGGCCACGGCAGGGCUCCCCAUGCCGGGCCCUGUCAGCCCUGGGCAAAAAUGUGUCCACUAAGAUCGCAAUGUUCCUUUAUGAGAGGAGUCUCUUGAUUAGAAAUGUUGUCUCAGAGCUGAUGGAAAUCCAUGCGCAACUGUUAAUUAAGCGUGUUGUAGACAACCAGAUGGUUUGCGGUUUCUGCGCCCUGCCGUGUGCAGACACUGGAGAGUCGGGAGAGGCUCAGCACCUGGUCAGCACCCGUGAGCACGCAGUGCGCCUGUCACUCAGUAAAGUGGUGCCAGUUUCCUAGAUGCUUUCCCGCCUCCAGGAACGGUGCAGGUCCUGCAGCUUGCUACCGCGUAACACCUCCAGAUAGCCACCUCCUGCUCAGAACACACAGCUCAUGGGUGCAUCCCGUGAGAUCGACAUAGCAUCCACGCGGGGAUAUCACACACGGUCAGAAAGGCUUAAAGUAAACGCGGGCAAAUCACAGCACGUGUCCUUCCGUGUCGUUGGAAGCUAAAACGCACAUGUGGGUGUCUACACAAAUUUGAAGCUUGCCUUAUCCGUCUGGAUUGUUUAGUAAGUUGCAUCUCACAUAAUCAAAAUCGGAAGUGUUUAUUAAGAUAAGUAAAUUUGCAUAUUGGCAGUACCAAAUAACUUGCCUUUUUGCCUUUUCAGAAUGUUUCCCCAUCUAUAUAUCCAGAAAUAUAUUUUCAUCGAGAUUGCCACGUGACGUUUUUGAGCCCUGGUUAACCUUGGUUAACCUUGGUUUGUGUAUGACUUGAUAAACUAAAAAUUUUGGUCAUCUUAGUAUAGGAAAUUUAUACCGAAAGGCAAAUUUCAUUCUUAGAAAUGCUAAAAUGGUAUGUGAAGCAAAAAAUUGCAGUGUAUGAGGUCACAAUGAUAAUGUUUUUGAUUAGUGUGGACUGGUGACAGUGAUACUGAGAAUUAACCCGAAAAAACUUGUUCAACAAAAACAUUUCCUAGGAUACGAUCUUCUUUAAAAAGCAAAUGCUGCCAGAUUUGGAAUCCUGAAAUCUAAAAAAAAAAAAAAAAAAAGUUGCAUGAAACUUAACCAUUUUCUGCUCUCCUUCUCACUCUUACUCUUAAAUUUGAAGUUUAGCUACUAAGUGAAGCAAUUACUCUGUCAGCCAGUAAGGGGAAGCCCUGUGUGUGUGGUACCACUGUUGAUAAUUGAUGAGACCCUGAAAGUUUAGAAUUCAGCAUUCAUAAAUGUCUGGCUUCAGCCAGCCAUACCUUUUAAAUAUCAUAAACAGAAAAGCAAAAGCCUAAAGGACCUGGAUAUGAACAGCGGGAGUGAGUUCUCUUAUGCGGCGGCGAGUCUGGGAUUAAAGGCUCACCGAGACCCGCUUCCCGUUGUCCUGCAGCUCUCCCUGUGCUCGCUCACUGAACAAGUCUCUGAAGUGCAGCGCUUUCAUCAGCUUUUCCUGUUGCCUUCCCAGCGUCCAGGGGUGUUCAUAAACUCAGAAAGUGACCUUCACCUGUGGUUUCUGAAAAAUCGCGUUUCCCUAGAAUGUGCCAGAUGUUUUCCCUAUUCACUCCUCACAAAUACUCAGUACCUCGUUUUUCGGAUGCUUUAUUUAGAACACAAAUGCAGUACAGUUUUUAAAGAAUCGUGCAUCUCGAGGUGGUCCAGGAUUAAAUUUGAUACUGAAGAAUAAUUUAUUCCAAACAGAUUUUUAUAUAUUAAAACAUUUCUUGACAUAUAUUUUGUUUUGAAUUGUUUCUAAAUAUCUUGAAAUAAUUUCAACCGCAGAAAUACUGUGUGCGUUUUUGUUAAAGAAUCAUGGCCCUUGGGCUGUUUAAAAGUGGCAGCAUUGGAGAAGAGCUCGGUCAGAGGCAAAGGUCGCCUCCGCGCCCUGUGCUGUGGCGAGAGCCGCGCUGGGACCCGGCCGAGGGCAGCAGCAGGGGCCACCAUCCCCAUCGUCCCUCAGGAAGGCGUGUGAAUGCAGCUCCCGCAAAGGGUGAACUAUCGCCGUAAUUUUAGCUUGUGCUCUGUACUCUGCUUUUCCGUGGAAUUAUUUAAUCCUCUUAGUGACCUCUGUCCUUUCCAUUUACAAACUGAACUGCAGUAUAUAUUGUAUAAAGUGAACAUAUCCUUACAGCCUCAUUAGGGAGAGUGUACAUAGAUGUUGAAAGAAGGGCAAAGACAAGCAAUUUUAUUAUGCAAUUGUAAACACCAAAACCAAGAGACUCGUCUUUGAUAUGUAACACACUAAAUGUAUUUUGUACAGCAUCUGGCCUGAAAGGUGCCUUAUUAAGUUUACCAUUAAUUGCUUUGUUCUAUAUACAGAUUAUGUCCAAUGUAUCAUUUUUAAGUAAAUAACCUUAUUUUAGUAUA